AUGGAAAAGGCUGAGCUCGAGCAGUCGAGUGGCGCGGUCUCGGGAGACGCCGAGAAGCACGCUGAGAUUGACAAUGUCGCCCCCGACGAACAGGCGCAGGAGCAGGAGCAGGAGCAGCAACAGCAGUCAAAGGCUCGUCCUCAGCGGAUAGCCUCCUUCAAGGACUACACGCGAGUCUUUCAAUAUGCAACGAAAUGGGACUUCCUCGCCUACGCUGCAGGCAUCUUGGCCUCGAUUGGCGCCGGCAUCACGUUGCCACUUAUGAAUGUCGUCUUUGGUAAUUUUGUCGGCGAUAUAAGCGACUUUACCAACGCUGCCAGCCAGAGCCAGGAAGGCUUUCGCAAAAGGGCAGACCAACUAUCCUUGUACAUGUUUGCUCUGUUUCUCGGCCGACUGGGACUCAACUAUAUCAACAAGUUUGCCUUUCGAAUGAUCGGAAUUCGGAUCUCUUCAGGGAUUCGACUUCAUUACCUAAGGGCACUGUUGGGCCAGAGCAUCCACGUCCUGGAUUCGAUGCCUCCCGGCUAUGCCACGACGACAAUCACUUCUACCUCCAACACCCUUCAGCUUGGAAUCUCAGAGAAGCUUGGUGUCUUUUUCGAGUACAACGCCACUAUUGUCGCAGCCAUCAUCAUCGCCUUUACUCGCAACUGGGCCCUUACGCUCGUCACUUCUUCGGCAAUUCUCUUCAUUGGCCUGACCGUCUCCUUGCUAUUACCCCUGAUAGUCAAGGGUCACGGCCGGAUAACUGAAGCUGAAGCGAAAUCCUCGGCCGUGGCAAGCGAGACAUUCGCCAGCAUUCGCAUGAUUGCAGCGUGCGGCGCCGAGGCCCGCAUGGUCAGGAAAUACGGGAUAUCCGUCGAGGAAGCCAAGAAGCAUGCUCAACGCACAUCGCCAUUCAUAUCCCUGCAGUUUGGGCUUAUAUUCUUCAGCGUGUUCUCAGCCUUCGCGCUCGCAUUCUGGUACGGAACCCGGUCGAUAGCUGAGAAUAAGAUUGAUAACGUUGGCACGAUCGUCAUUGUCUUGAUGUCUGUCAUGAUGGUCGUCUUCUCCCUCGAGCGAACCACCACUCCUCUUUUGGCCGUCAGCAAGGCUACCGUUGCCGCCGCCCAGUUCUUCACCGUCAUCGAUGCCCCUCAGCCCGACAAGGGCCACCUCAAGGACCCCGAAGUUUCUGCCACGGACGAUAUUGUGUUUGAAAAGGUCACAUUUGCCUAUCCGAGCCGCCCCCACGUCAAGAUCCUAGACGAGCUGGAUCUCCGCAUCGAGGCGGGCAAGAUCAACGCCAUUGUUGGUCCUUCUGGCUCGGGAAAGAGCACCGUUGUGGGAUUGAUUGAAAGAUGGUAUACACUAAAGGAACAAUAUGUCAUUGCGGAAGCCGUGGAACAGCAGAAGAACAAGAAGAAGAAGAAGCCCAGCGAGGAAGAGGAGGAGGUCAGAACCCAAGAUCCAGAAGACACAGGGCCGCCAGUCAAACUCAGUGGCACGCUCACCACGUGUGGCCAUGCUCUGGACGAGAUUGAUUUGAAAUGGUGGAGGUCACAGAUUGGGCUGGUCCAGCAGGAGCCUUUUCUCUUCAACGACACAAUCUUCCACAACGUGGCAAAUGGUCUGAUUGGCACGCAGUGGGAGAAUGAACCGGAAGAACAGAAGCGCGAGCUGGUCAAGGAAGCGUGUGUCGAGGCAUUUGCCGACGAGUUCGUCGACAAGCUUCCACAGGGCUAUGAUACCCUUGUUGGUGACAGCGGUGCCAAGCUCUCUGGUGGUCAGCGUCAGCGCAUUGCCAUUGCUCGGUCUAUUGUUCGAAAGCCCAAGAUCCUCAUCCUCGACGAAGCGACAAGCGCAAUUGACGUCCGUGGGGAGCGUAUCGUACAGGCUGCCCUCGACCGCGUGGCUCAAAACCGGACAACAAUCACGAUCGCUCACCGCCUGUCCACGAUCAAAAAAGCGGACCGAAUCAUUGUCAUCAAGAAGGGAAAGGUUGUUGAGGAGGGCACACACGAAAGCCUCAUUGCGUUGGAGGGCGGUGUCUACUCCGGCCUCGUCCAGGCUCAAGCACUUUCCUUGGGGGGCUCUGCACAGUCUGACGAGAGCGAUGAAAAGGAAGAUGCGUCCGAGGCUCUGGCUCGCGAGAAGAGCUUGGCUGUCUCCGAAGCCGAAGCACAAGCAAAGACCGAUACCGAGCAGCAGCGGAACAUCUUCAACAGCUUCGGUCGCCUCUUUUACGAGACACAGAGUCAAUGGUACUUGAUGUUUCUGACAGUCUUCUUCGCCGCCUGUGCCGGAGCAGCGACCCCACUGCAAGCAUGGCUGUUUGCGAAGCUCAUCGUGGUGUUCCAGUUUACCGGCGCCAAACUACUCUCUGAGUCUCGCUUCUGGAGCCUGAUGUGGUUCAUUCUGGCGAUAGGGGUGGGCUGCGCUUACUUUGGAACACUCUUCUUUUCCACUCGAAUGGCGUCCAUCAUUCGAGCCAAGUACCAGAAGCAGUACUUUGAGGCCAUCCUUUACCAGAAGACGUCCUUCUUCGACGACGAGGACCAUUCGCACGGCACCAUGACAGCCCGCGCGAGCGGGGAUCCUCAACGGCUGGAGGAGCUAAUGGGGGCCAACAUGGCCAGCGUAUACAUCGCCAUCUUUAACCUCAGCGGAUCUAUUGCAAUUGCUUUUACCUUUGGUUGGAAACUGGCUCUUGUUGGUACCGCCGUCGUCAUGCCGAUUCUCCUCGUCUCCUCAUUCUGGCGCUUCAAGUACGAGAUGCAGUUUGAGAAGAUGAACAACGAGGUCUUUGCCGAAAGCUCAAAGUUCGCGUCCGAGUCCAUUGGCGCCUUCAGGACCGUCACAUCCUUGACGUUGGAGGGCCCUAUAUCGAGCCGCUUCGAAACUCUGUGUAGAGGCCACGUCAAGACGGCCUUCAAGAAGGCUCGUUGGCUCGAGAACUACUUUGUGUGCUUCAUGGCCAUCAUGAACGCUUCCGAGUCGGCUGGCCAGAGUUUCGGAUUUGGACCAAACGCAGCGCAGGUGACGGCCGCGUCGAACCGCAUCCUGAACACCAGAGACACCAUGAUCCGGGAUAGGAGCUCUGGGGCGAUGAACCUUCCCCGAGAGGAAGGGGGAAUGAAGAUUGAGCUGCAGGAUGUGCAUUUCAAAUACCCAACGCGAGACAUUCCCGUCUUCAAGGGACUCAACUUGACGAUUGAAAAGGGGCAGUUUGCGGCCCUGGUGGGAGCGUCUGGAUGUGGCAAAACGAGCAUCAUUUCUCUUCUCGAACGGUUCUACGAUCUCGACAAAGGCCGCAUCUUGUGCAACGGCCAGGAUAUCAGCGAGGUCAACAUCUUCAACUACCGCAAACACCUCUCCCUCGUCGCCCAAGAACCAACCCUCUUUCAAGGCACCCUCCGAGACAACAUCAUCCUCGGCGUCGACGAAUCCACCGUCACCGACGAGCAAAUAUACCAAGCCUGCCGCGACGCCUCCAUCCACGACUUCAUCGUCUCCCUCCCCGAAGGCUACAACACCAACAUUGGCUCCCGCGGCGUCUCCCUCUCGGGCGGCCAGAAGCAGCGCGUCGCCAUUGCCCGCGCGCUCAUCCGCAACCCGGACAUUUUGCUGCUCGACGAGGCGACCAGCUCGCUCGACUCGGAGAGCGAGAAGCUCGUCCAGGCCGCCUUUGAGAGGGCCGGCAAGGGCAGGACGAUGGUGGUUGUCGCGCAUCGGCUGGCGACGGUGCAGAAUGCGGAUGUCAUUUUCGUGUUGGGCGAGGGCAAGUUGCUGGAGAGGGGGAGUCAUGUUGAGUUGUUGAAGAAGAAGGGGGUUUAUUGGCAGAUGUGUCAAAGCCAGGCAUUGGAUAGGUAACUUGUGUGUAUGAUUACGGAUAUGCUUCUCAGUAUACAUGACGAUCUGGAUACAUGGCGAAGUCUUUUGCUUUCUUAUUCUUACUCUUAUUCUUUUUCUUCUCUUCUUUCAGUUUAUAUUUCUUGGAGUAUAUGCUGUGUAUACAAACAGUCUACAAACGCACCUCAUGUCAAGCCAUAGAUACAACACAUCUCUUCUCCAAAGCAAAUGUUUCCCCUUGCCCCUCAAGGCGAGUGAAGGGCACUCUUC